AAGACGUAACCUCUUACAACCACCGUGAAAAAACAAGGAGGGGACAUUUCAUUUCUACACAUCCAAAAGAGACGCAGCCUGAUGUUGGCGGAGGGCAGACAGACGCCGGUGGCGGCCGUCGCCGGAGAGGAGCAGCAGGAGCCGUGCCCGCGCAGCGCUUUGCUCGACCAAAGUCGGCGGCACCGGACGGCGUUCACGCGAGAGCAGCUGUCCCGGUUGGAGCAGGAAUACGGCAAGGAGAGCUACGUCUCCAGACCCCGGCGCUGCGAACUGGCCACGGCGCUCAACUUACCGGAGACGACGAUAAAGGUGUGGUUCCAGAACAGGAGGAUGAAGGAUAAACGCCAGAGACACUCCCUGCCUUGGCCUCACCCUCUCGUCGACCCCCUGGGUGCGCUCUUUAUAGGCCGUGCCUCUCCUUCCUCCACCUUACCAUACCCCUUCAUCCCACCCCAUCUCCCCCACCUCCCCCUUCACCACUACUCCCACCUGGCUCUCACCUCGCCAGCCUCCCCAGCUCACAGUCCCUACAGUGCACCCAUGAGGCCCCUGGAUGCACUCCGCCUCUCCCAGUACCACAACAGGCCAGGGGGGCUGCCUCAGACCACAGCAGCCCUCUACCCGUCUGCCAGUAUCGUGCACCAUCCGGCUUCGUGCCCCUGUCCCCUUUGUCUGCACUGGGGACCAGAGCAACUCCUUAAAGCCAGAGGGGAGGCACUGGGACUGAGCCAGCCCCGUAGUCCCAAGGCCAACAUCCAGCCUGCUGGUCUGGAGCGGAGAGAAGAGAUAGUGUAA